AUGCAAUUCUUGGAUCACCCUCCUUAUGAUCCAGAAAUGGCUUACUCCAAAUAAUGGCCUUUGGGCCUCGUGGUUUUAUAACUCAAAGGAUUGGGCAGAGGCAAAGUAAACGAGAGGAUGAGCCACCAGAAGCAAAGGUAAGUGAAGUGGUGGGCGAGGCGUGAACCCACUAGUGCUUCCUUGGGGCCGUUCCAUUUUUUGGGAAAUGCAACGGUAAUAAUAUAUUUAGUAGCCGUUGCAGGGGGUCCCUUCUUGACUUCCUAUCCUCAAUAACUUAAAUUUGAACAUUUGAAAGUCCAACCCACAAAAGGGGGCAACCACACCAAAGUUUACUUCCAAAUGUGACAAGAAUUGAUGGUUGGGAAGGGCUUUGGUCGGCUCAAAGCAACAAAGUUGUUGGGAGGGAAGUUUCCCAAACUUGGGAGGGAUUGUCGAGGUCGACGGCAUUCAUUAUCUAUCAAAUUCAAAGCAGACUUAGACCAGUUCACCCAACCGCGACAGAUUUCAGCGGGCGGAGUCACCGGAAGUGUGAUUCCCCUAUUUUGGACUAGCCGGAAACUCAACCACGUGUCGGUAUAUUAUUGGUCUCACCACCAAAAACAACGAGUCCACGUGGUUCCCGCGUAAAAUACCUGUAACUGAACCCCGUCCCCUUUCCAUCCCCUGAAAAAAAAAAGCCGUCCCACCACCACCGCCAUCCCGAAUCGCCUCACCCCUCAUAUACUCUCAACGGCCAAAUCUGUCUCAAAAUGACGAUUUUGGCCUCUGCCGACCGGAAGUGCCGCCGGAGCCCCAGAGCACCCCUCCUCCCCCAAAAGUACGAUGAUGCCGAUUCCUUUGAGGUUGGCUUCUCCGGCGCCUCUUUCUCCGGCGCUGUCUUCAAUCUCUCCACCACCGUAGUUGGGGCAGGGAUCAUGGCUCUUCCCGCCACCAUUAAGCAAUUAGGGAUGAUUCCGGGCUUGAUCAUGAUCCUAUUGGGUGCGCGAUUGACCGAAUCCUCUAUCGAAAUGAUUUUGAGAUUCAGUCGUGCUUCCAAGUCCUCCUCCUAUUCCGGUGUUGUCGGUGAUGCUUUCGGUGGCGUUGGCCGGACGGUUUUGCAGAUUUGCGUCGUUGUUAAUAAUAUGGGGAUGCUCAUCGUCUACAUGAUCAUCAUCGGCGAUGUGCUAUCGGGAACAUGGUUGGACAAGGUCCACCAUUUAGGCGUGGUGGAGGAAUGGUUUGGUCAACAUUGGUGGAGCACACGCUCCUUCUUGUUGCUUCUAACAACUCUCUUUGUUUUGAUUCCGCUCAUAUCAUUCAAGCGUGUUGAUUCAUUGAGAUACACAUCAGCUUUGUCUGUCGCUUUGGCUGUUGUUUUUGUGGCAAUCACUGCUGGAGUAGCUAUCGUCAAAUUGGUGGAGGGAAGUAUUGGAAUGCCACGUCUACUGCCUGAAAUUGUCGAUCAGGCUUCAUUCUGGAAACUUUUCACGACUGUUCCUGUUCUGGUCACUGCCUAUAUAUGCCAUCACAACAUUCACCCAAUUGAGAAUGAGCUCCACGACCAAACUCAGAUGAAACCUAUUGUGCGGACAUCCCUUAUGUUGUGCACAUCAGUCUAUAUUGCUACCAGCUUCUUUGGAUUUCUUCUUUUUGGGGACCGAACGCUUGAUGAUGUGCUGGCCAAUUUUGAUGGUGAUUUUGGGAUCCCAUAUGGUUCAUUGCUUAAUGAUGUGGUGAGGGUGAGCUAUGCCAUCCACUUGAUGCUAGUGUUUCCAAUCGUUUUCUUCUCCCUUCGCCUCAACCUAGAUGGUCUUCUCUUUCCAUAUGCCAUCCCCAUUGCCUUUGAUAGCCGGAGAUUCUUCUCACUUACUGCUGCUCUCAUGGGUUUUAUCUUUUUGGGUGCUAAUUUCGUGCCUAGCAUUUGGGAUGCCUUUCAAUUCACUGGUGCCACAGCUGCUGUUGCUGUUGGGUUCAUCUUUCCAGCUGCUAUAGCCCUUAGGGACACUCAUGGAAUCGCAACAAAGAAUGACAGACUGGUAUCAUGUGUGAUGAUCCUCUUGGCUGUGUCAGCCAGCACGGUUGCCAUCUCCAGUGACAUUUAUAGUAUUUUCAAUAGAUGACAGUGGUGGAAGUUGGCCUUACAGGGAGGGUAAACUCAUACAAUUUAUCAGUGGCUUUGAGAUACAGACUAGAAUAGAGUAUUUAUUUGAUAAAAAAGGGCAGCCCUGAGAUGCAGUAAGAGGAUUGCUCCAGUUCCCGGUCUGGUUGCAGAAGCCAAAUUUGUCUUCUGUAAAUUCUUUUUGGGGAAUAUGUUAUUAUAUCACACAAUUGUAAUAACUGAAACUCAAAAGUGACAGGAGCAAUUUUGAAUUCUAUCAGGUUAUUGCAUGUAACUUAACAAACUUGGAUGGCUUCCAGAUUGGUUGCAAUAACAAAUUGCCACUUCUUUCUUCAUGGAUUUAA